GAUUGGAUUUGUCUUUUCAAUAUUGUCCCUGAGAAAAAAAGAGAAAAAAAAAUUUACAUCCAUCAUAAAUAUCUUUAAUCUUCAAGUCCUUCUCCUUUCGUUAACAGCUUCAUCAAGCGCCCAAUUCCACCAGACCGUAUUAUUAAGGUCUGUGAAUCCUGCCAUAUCUUAAUUAUCGUCUCAUAUCAUGGGCAUCAAAGCUCAACAAUGGCUCCGUCCCAGACGCUGCCGGAACACUUUCACGACCAGUUAAAGUUCUCUGCGCGACCAACCCCUCCACGAUCUAAUACUGCUACUGCUGCUGCUACUGCUACUGCUACUACUACCACUACUACCACUACUCACGACGACAACGACAACGACAACGACGAUGACGAUGACGAUAAUGGCGACUGGGAAAAUACUCUUAGACCUGUAGCCCACGAUUCCUCCACUUCCCGAGCCAUUGCCCACUCGCGUGAGUCUUCCCUCGAAAAAUUACAAUCGGGCGGUGCACUCGCUGGCAUCCCCGAAUCACCCCAAUCAACAUCGUCCUCUAUCACCUCACCUGGCCUGCGUGCGGCCGCGUCGCGUUCUAGCCCCGGCGGUAUAUUUGAUCGCAUCGUCGAACCCAAGGCUGCUGCGUCGUACGGACACCAUCGUCAGACUUCCAUUGUUCAUGGCAUCCAACAUUCGAGGAACGGGAGUCUCGCAAGCUCGUCUUCGAGUCCUCUCAGCCCGCAAAUGAUAGCAGCAGCAGGCGCUGGGAUUCUGCCGGAACGCUCAGAUGUACCGGCGUUAAACCGGUUGGAUUCGGAAAUGUCGACUGCCUCGAUACCUACCAUGGCCUCACGGCCACCGACAGCUUUGUCGGGCACUACCGCCAACUCGUCCAUUCAUUCGGAAAGAACACAGGCCAGUCAGGAGAAUGGCAUUGGCGGCACUAUUACUCAGAAAAAGCUCGAGCGGAUGCAUAGCAAGAGCCGGCGCGAUCAUACACAUCAUCAUUCGCAUUCGUCAAGACAUCACAGAGACGAACCGAAGACAGUGGGCGAAUAUGCCAUGCAUGUAUUAUUCACAUCAUUUAUUGCAAUGGCCGAAGACAAAUUGCAGGAAUGUAUCACGGUGCCUUUCGAUCCCGAACCCCCAAUUGACCAGAUAUGCGGCCCAGGGGCUGAUCCUGCAUUUGAUCGCUUUAUUGAGGCUCUCGGUCACAUUGCGAGCCAAAAACCGAGACCGCUGAUUGAUUCUAUAAUGCUCUGGCGGAAACAUAAAAGCGAGGCAGCUAACGAGGCACGUAGCCAGCUUCACCAGAUGAAAUCUAACCUUCCCGCGGCGUCACUGGUCAGGCGAAAUACAGAGCCAUUGCAACUCAUCACCGGAAACUCAGGAGAUCCGGCGUCGGGUAUACCGCACGCUCUCGCAGAGAAACAAAACGAGGCAGCCCAUGCCGAGCGUCGAUCUAUUGUCUCUAUCUAUAUAUUAUGUCGGGUUCUCCUAGAAGUCAUCAAGCAAAGCAGCCUCAGUUCCAUUACUCCCGAGAUGGAGGAUAAGCUUGAAGCUAUUAUAUUUGGCCAAUUGAAGAUUGCCGAUAUAGAGCAGCUCUACAUAUCCCCCCUUAAGCUGGCUAACUGGAACCUGUUUGCUCAGCUGCUUGGCGCUAUGAGCGUGAUCAAUUUUACCAGCGUUACGGAUCGAUUUAUUAACGAUCUUGACCGAACCCUGCAGGAGCUUACCGUAAGGAGCCCGACAUCUUCGAUUAGGGACCCCGAGGGCCAGGUAGAGCUAGUGCUGGGAGGUAUGAAGCAUCUGCAAAUAAAGAUCGAUACCGACGAAAGUUGGGACCAGGCAUGCGACUUUCUCGUGUCCCUGGCUAAGCUGUUUGCCCGGUCCCACGGCCAGAAGGUGAAGUCGGCAUUUUGCCAAAUAUUAGAUACGCUUCUCCUCCCCAUCGCUGCCAAGGCUACCAACAAGCAUUUCUCCUAUCUGAAGUGGUCCGAGGUGCUCAGCAAUGUCAGCGCUCGCCUGGCGUCUAUGUUUGUAAAGCCGCGCCAUUGGCAGUCUGCUUUCCCGCUGACGGCGACAAUGCUCUGCGUGUCGUCUCCAGAGAAUCUCAGUAACCAAUGGCUGCAGCUGAUCCGAACAGCCCAGCCGAGACUAAAAGAUCGCAACAUGCGUCCUUUGUGUCUGCAAGUCUUCUCACGGUUAGUAUGGGCUUAUCUAUACCGAACCACUAAUACCAUUGCUGGAGCUGGGCGCAAACUAGAUGAAGUCAUGCAGAUGAUCUUACCUUCUACCAAGCGUACGUAUUCGGCCGCGGAUACCGCUUCCACGGGACCCUUGAUACAAAUUAUUAGAAUCAUUGGCUUUAAAUACCCAGAAUACUGCUGUGAUAGCAUUAUAUUUCCCUUAAUAAACGCCGACCUUAUUCAGAAUAAGGACCUUAAAGUUGAACAGCUAGAGCCGGACAAGAUAGUAAUUGGGAUCAGAGCGUUUCUAGCCGUCAUGUCCGACUUAGAAAAGGGGGAACGACCUCCAUUUCCUCAGCAGUAUCCUAUCCCAUCUACUUCCGACCGAGCCCCUCCGAGUUCGCCAGUGCCCGGCUCGACUUCCAGCAUGGUGCCCACAAGCCCGCUCCCAUACGACCGCGACGAAUCCUUAUCGCAGCCCGUACAAGUAGGCGCGUUGAGCGACGGCGCAAAAGCCCGCUAUAAGCAGUUCUCGGAAGUCCUCGGUAAAAUAACCAUCAUUUGCGAUAAUACCUUCGGAGGCCAGGCUGCACUUGACGAGAAGUUUAGCAGUCCGACAGGCCCGAAGACGCCCAUCUCCGAGACUUUCAACUUUUCGCGCCGCGACGACCAUCCAAGCCCUGCUGACCAAAAGCAGGCCUUCUACGAACUUCUCCAUGUUGCCGUGCAGGCUCUACCUCGCUGCCUUCCUGCCGAUAUACCUUUUAAUUCACUUAUUAAUCUUCUCUGCACGGGUACGGCACAUGUUCAGCAUAAUAUCGCCGAAUCUUCUGCCCAGGCCCUCAAAUCUAUUGCCCGGCAAUCGUAUGCGCACCAAGUCACGGUAGGGUUUGCUCGGUUUAUCUUCAAUUUUGACGAUCGUUACUCCACGAUGUCUGAUGGGGGAAUGCUUGGACCCGGUCAUAUCGAGAGCACUCUUCGGCUUUACGUCGAGCUGCUGCAGAUAUGGAGGGAUGAGAUACGCCAGAAAACUAAAGACGCCGCGUCUGACAUCGGAGACCCGAAUGGUACCGAAAAGCGCGGAAUGAAGCUAGACUUGUCCAGCAUCUGGGCGGAAGUCGAACAUGUAGAAGCCCGCGGGUUGUUUUUCCUGUGCUCGCAGUCCCGUAGGGUGCGCCACUUCGCGAUCACGGUCUUGCGGCUCAUCGUCGAAUUCGACGCCGCCCUAGGCAAGGAUAGCACGCAGGAGAAGGACACCGUACGGCUUAUUGAUAUCCUAGAGAAUGACUCGGUGCAAGUGAUGAAUUUCAAGGACGAGCAUCUAUCUGUAGCAGAGCGGAGCCGGCUGCAGAGGGGCAUGCAGAACAGCAACAACAAAGGGGCUCUAAUUGAACUUUGCACCAGCGACGUCUCGUAUGACACGACGCUCUGGUUUAAGAUUUUCCCUAAUUUUAUACGGAUUGCCUAUGAUCGAUGUCCCUUCACUGUAACUAUCAGCCGAGAUCUAGUUUGCAACCGAAUCCUGCAGAUGUAUAAGGGCAUAGUUGUUCUCUCGGAGCCGACCCGGGGUCUCUAUUACGGGUCUGAUCCCGGCAGUGCCAGAUACACGGGAAGGACGCCGACGACGCAGCCUGACGUGCUCGUUGAACAAUGGAAGCUGUACUUAACUUUUGCCUGUACUACGUUGACCGAUGCCGGUACGACCAUAAAUGGCGCGUCACAGAACAGUCAACACGCGCGGAAUGUAUCCAAAGCCGACAAGCUCGUAUCGGCCAGGACGCUCUUCAAGUUUUUGAUACCGCUGCUCUUGGCGUCUUCGGCUUCCGUUCGCGAGGCCGUCGUGCUGGCUAUGGGCUCGAUCAAUAUUAACAUCUAUCGAGCGUUACUCGAGGAGCUGCAGGGACAAGUAUCUCGAUGUAAUGACGACGCACGCGCCCGGAUACAUCAGCGGACCAAUAGCGGACCACGUAGAAAUCGAAAACUGGACCUGUUGCGGACGGAGCUCACUUGCGUGUAUAAGUUGACGUGCCACUUCCUAAAGGAGCCCGAGGUUUACCAGGACGACUGGAUCAUUAAUAAUCUCUGUACGUACACGAAGGACCUGAAGUUAUUUCUCAUGGAUGGAGACGUUCAGAUGGAUUGGGAAUUCCAGAAACUCAGGAGGCAUUACUGCGGCCUAGUCGAGGGGCUUUUCGAGGGAGUCAACCGUACGAAAGACCCAUCCCGUUGGAUGACGUUUGAGUCGCGAAAGUCUUCUUUCACCUUGAUGGAAGAUUGGUGUGGAUUCUCUCCGAACCAGAUGCAAAUCCGCCAAAGAGAAGACACUAUGCGGCAGUCGUUGAUUGACCAGCAAUCUCUCGGCGAAAGGGGCACCAUCACCGCAGCCAUUGAAAUAGAGAAGAGAAAUUUAAAGACAGCAGCUUUGAGUGCUAUGGCAAGUCUUUGUGCUGGCCCAGUAAGUGUAACCACCGAGAGCGGUGCUACACUUCAUUUCGACAUGAGACGGAUGUUGAACUGGGUAGAAUCGAUUUUCAGCUCCGGAAGCGACCGCGUCAAUGUUAUAGGAAGAAGAGCGCUGAAGAACCUGGUCGUCUACAACAAGGACCAUCCAUACCUCCUGGAGCACUGCAUCGCGCGGUGCUACCUCACCGAAGUGCCGAAAGUGCUCGAAAGUUAUUUCACGGUGAUCACUGAGGUACUAAUCGAGCAUAUCGAUUACCCGUCGCCCUUCUGGAAAGUGUUAGGACUGUGUUUAUUUACCCUGGGAAGCGACCAGAGCGACAUCCGAUCCAAGUCGGCACACGUUCUCAGAGCCCUCGAGGAGAGACAGCUAGCCGCUCAGAGUUCCAAGAUCCGAGACUUCGAGAUCAGCAUCGCGGAUAAGACCAAGGCUGUCUACAAGCUAGCCCAGUUCGAGAUUUCGAAACGUCUCGCGAAGCAGUAUCCCGAGCUCGCCUUCCAUAUUUUCUCUGAGGUUACACUUUAUUUCAAGAACCUCCCCGCGGGCGCGCAGCGAAAUGUCGUGGCCGUCAUCCUGCCCUGGAUCCAAACCAUCGAAUUAAAGGUUGAUCCGAAUGGAGGGCCCACGGCCCAAUCUUACGUUCUCCUCGCCAAUCUCCUUGAAGUUACGAUCAAGUCCAGCGCCGCACUUCACAACGAGGUACAGGCGCUUUGGCAAGCACUUGCUACCGGUCCGUUCCCAGGAAACGUUCGGCUCGUGCUUGAUUUCAUUAUUUCCCUCUGCUUGGAACGGAGAGAGCAGAACUUCGUCGAGUACGCGAAACAAAUAGUAGUCUUCUUAUCAAGCACGCCCAGUACGCCGGGCAUCAAAGUGGUCGAGUUUUUGUUGAUGCAGAUUACUCCUAAAGCUAUGGUCCCCAACGAGAAGAGAGACGUUGUUCCGUCGCCUCCUGAUCUUAGUCAACUACAAUUGCCUUAUUGCGCCGAUCUAUCAGAAGCCUUGCCCGUCGGAACUAAGCAGGCUGGGUUUUCCCUGGGCCAAUUAUCCCUGAUACUCUUGGUUGAUUUGAUGGUAUCGCCUGUGCAACUCAGCACCGAUAAUCUAAUAGUCUUACUACAAGUCAUUACGGUACUUUGGGACCACUACACACCCCUUGUCCAAGAGCAAGCUCGGGAAAUGUUGGUCCAUCUAAUUCACGAGCUUGUCGUUUCGAAAAUGGACGAGGGUACUCCGACGGAAGCAAAGAAGUCGGUCGAGGACGUGAUUGAUGCGAUUCGACGCCACGAUCGUUCUGUAGUCUGGGGUUACGAAGAAAGCAACGGCAAAGUAGAUGGCCGUGACAACAAGGUGCCGCAGAGUAUGGAGAAUCUUACCGCCAAAGUCGUCAAGACUUUUGAAAUCACUUUCCCGGGAAUCAAGGAACAAUGGAGUCGUCUGUCACUUACUUGGGCAACUUCUUGUCCGGUCAGACAUCUUGCAUGUCGUUCAUUCCAGAUAUUCCGUUGCAUCCUUACCUCCCUCGACCAGCUGAUGCUUGGCGACAUGCUUGCCCGGUUGUCUAAUACAAUUGCGGAUGAAGAUACGGAGAUCCAGACAUUCUCCAUGGAAAUCCUGACCACCUUGAAAACCCUCAUCUCAAAGCUUGAGCCAGAGAAACUUGUAUCCUUCCCUCAGCUAUUUUGGACAACGUGUGCAUGCCUGGACUCAAUUAACGAGGUCGAAUUCCUUGAAGCAAUUGAAAUGCUCAAUGAGUUCUUGGAAAAGCUUGAUUUCCACUCUCCGAAUAUUCGCAAGGCCCUUAUGGAAGGCCAACCUCCGAGGUGGGAGGGUUCAUUUGAAGGCGUCCAGCCUCUGCUCUAUAAAGGCCUGAGAUCGUCUCUUUGUCUUCAGCCCACACUCGACAUUUUAGAUAAACUUGUUCAGCUGCCAAGCUGUGAUCUCAUCGGAAAUGAUAACAGGCUCUUCUUUUCUAUCAUCGCCAAUUUCCCCCGUUUCUUACAUUCCAUGGAACAUGGCCCUAUUGAUCAAGGAACUUUGCAAACUGCAGAAAUCCUUUUUGCGGUAGCCGAGGCUCAGGGAUUGUCCUCGAUAUGCACGGCUCUAGGAGGUUUCAUGGAGUCGAGAUACUCCUCUAGUAGGGAGUUCAUGGCUCAGCUACUUCUCACACUUCGCGUAAUAUUCUUACCGCAGCUUGAUUUCCAGAUGUUAACGAUGAUACUGGGUUUCCUCACAAACAGCCUGCCUUGGAUGAAGGUUAUGACUAUGAGGCUGCUCUCUGUUAUCAUUCCCGAAACCGAUAUGCGCAAACCUGAAAUUGCUAGCCAUGGCUCAGACUUGAUCUCCCCGCUCUUACGACUUCUACAGACAGAAUAUUGCAUGGGAGCGUUAGAAGUUCUUGACAAUAUCAUGAAUAUGUCUGGUACCCCGAUGGAUAAGCAUUAUAUCCGCAUGAGUAUGACCAGCGCCGCGUCUAAAGAUAGGAAAGACUACGAGACAACCCAGAGCCUAUUUGGUAUUCCGGAAGACUCCGGCUGGUCGAUUCCUGUUCCGGCCAAGAAAACGGAGAAUACGAGGGCGAAUAUACAUGCCGCGUUCUAUAUGUGCCAAGCGAACCCCGAGGACGGCGCAACUGCAGACCCAACACCAACACCGGAGGUUGCGUUCCACGCCGAUGAUUACAGAUAUGGAUAUUUCGAAAUUCCAGAGCGAACCGAUACUAUGAUGUCAGACGACGUCCAGGGCGACGGCCAGAUGGCCGAUUUAGUAACCAAGCUAGAUAGUCUAGACGACUUCUUCGAUGACAUGUCACAGACGUCCCCUAGUGAGGGCCGAUCAUCGAGAACCGUUACAGAAUUCUCUCCCGAGAGUUACGAGUCCGGGGCUAGACUCUACGACGACGUCUUACCUAUCCUCCACCAAGCUUCGACAAACACAUCAUUCCAAAACGGCUUCGUAGACCGGAUACCGAUGACGAAAGACACCAAGUCCAACACGAUGAACCCGGGGGCCUUCAACCUCGCCGCAGCAUCAGCAGCAGGGGUAGGAGCAACAGUCCGGCCGGGGCUGCACUCGCGCUCGAUAACGUCGCCCUCGGCGCCGACGUCGUGGGGCGGCCAGCCGCAGCUCAGCGAGCUGACGUCGGACGACGAGCUGACGGAGGACGUGUUCUCGGACGGGGACGACGAGCGGGCGGCUCUCGGGAUGCCGGAGAGCUCCUUCUUCCUCGAGAACAUGAUCAAGCCGAUCGCGCAGACGACGCGCACGCACAUGCGGCGGCUCACGGGCGGCGGGCGGCGGGACGCCGAGAGGCAGCGGGAGCUGUUCCGCGCGCGGCAGCAGCAGAUCUCGCCGCAGGUGCCCAAGGUGCCGAACUCGUUCCUGCCGCACAAGACGAGCCCGUCGAAUGGCGAUAUGUUGUAAGUUGUUGUGAUAAGAUGAGAUGAGAUGAAAAUAUAUGUUAGGGACCUUAUUAAUGCGGGGCGAGAAACACGAGCACGAGUACGGGGAUGUUGAUAUCGCUAUUGAUUACUUGGUACAGGCGCUUGGAGGAAGGUAACUGAUAUAGUUGAGUUGACAUCUUCACGAAUCAUGUAGCAGGUGGCCUAUUUUGUUGGCGAUGCGGAGUAGAGAAGUGUGAUAUCCAUUUUAGUCGUAUGUGAGCGCGUAGGGGAAUUAUGUCCCUGGAUGCGUUGUGUGUUGUGUGGAUGUUAAGAUAACAUAGGAGGACUCGACAGAGGAUGGGUUGAAAGUUGAAGGGUGGAUGAAUAAAGCUUAGGUACAGGUACCUAGUUACCUGAUGAUUGAAUAGGCACAGGG